GAAGCAACGUAGAAAAAACUCGCAAAAGCAGCUUGACUGGGCCAAGUCUACUGGUUCCAAACUCCCGAUUGUACACUCGUCGUCUGAUCCAGUAAUUCAUAAAGAGCCUCGUGAACUUCCUGAAGAUAUUAUGGAAGACGUCUCUGCACUCUUUAAACCGAAGCCUGUACCGUUCUGGAAACGAAAGCGAUUUCACUUUGUGGUGGGAGUUACUGUAGGACUUAUGGGCGCACUCUAUGGCGCUUCGACCACACCCAUGGCACAGACACACCUCAACGAUCUCCAGGCCUUUUUGGCACUUCAGAUAGCCGAGAUGGAUAUUCAAAGCAUGCUACCAGCAACAGAAGCAGUGGAUGAAAUGCUUGGAAACUUUACAAGCUUUCUCAAGCCAGCACCUACAAGUGACAUUCCAUUUAUGCCGGCAACAGCCUUCAAGGACGAAUUGGACUUGAAACCACAUUUUCCAGUCGUAUUGAUUCCUGGUAUUGUUUCUUCAGGACUCGAGAGUUGGGGAACUUCUGAAAAGUCACGCAAGUAUUUCAGAAAGCGCAUGUGGGGCACUACCACAAUGUUUAGGUCAGUCUUACUGGACAAAGAGCUUUGGACAGAGCACGUAAAACUGGACACAACCACUGGCUUGGAUCCUCCUGGUAUAAAACUACGUGCUGCCCUGGGCUUGGAUGCUGCUGAUUACUUUGUGGCCGGAUAUUGGGUGUGGGCCAAAAUUAUAGAAAAUCUAGCCACAAUUGGCUACGACAGCAACACAAUGCAUCUUGCAAGUUAUGACUGGCGGUUAUCCUUCUCUAACCUUCAAAUACGGGAUAAGUAUUUCUCUCGUUUAAUGGCCACUAUUGAAACAUCCAAGAAAACAGGCGGCCUUAAGACAGUUGUGAUUACACACUCCAUGGGCGGCGUCUUGUUUCCGUAUUUUUUAAAAUGGGUCGAGAGUCCACAAGGUGGAAACGGCGGCCCAACCUGGGCAGAUGAUUAUAUCGAAUCGUUCGUUAACAUCGCCGGACCCAUGGCAGGAGUACCAAAGGCCAUGACAGCAAUGUUGUCAGGGGAAACUAGAGAUACAAUGGCUGUAGGUAGCUUUGGUGCAUAUCUUCUAGAAAAGUUUUUUUCGCGAAAGGAACGUGCCAGUCUUAUGCGUAGUUGGGGAGGUGGUAGUUCGAUGCUCCCAAAGGGAACUGAUCUCAUUUGGGGAAGCCACGAGAGAGCACCAGACGACGAAGAAGACGAGUCUCAUCAGUCUCAUGGCAACAUGAUAUCAUUUGUCUCACCAUCGCUACUUCCUCAAAAUAACUUAAAACCAGAUAUUACUGAUGGCUUAAUUCAAAACCAUACAUCUGAAGAUGCUAUGAAUCUUCUUCAUCGUGUAGCACCAUUUGAUUAUAAUGAAAUGUUAAGAUUAAACUACUCGUAUGGAAUAACGACUUCCAAAAAACAGCUCGAGGCUAACUCUGAAGAUCCUACAAAAUGGGCCAAUCCUUUUGAGUCCCAAUUACCCAAAGCGCCGAAUAUGAAGAUAUUCUGCUUUUAUGGAGUUGGCCUACCUACUGAACGCAGCUAUUACUAUUCAGCAUCCACAGAUGGAACAUCGCCGGCUUGUAACAAUUCUAGUCGAUGUGACGAAUCUAUUGAUGGCAACUGUACGUUGGGUGGAACAACUGAUAAUAUAACUGAAAUUUAUGCUCAUCAGCUCCAGGCUCCUCAUCUUUUUAUUGAUUCUACCGUUAAUGAUCCUGCUGCAAGAGUAGAAACAGGAGUCCGGUUCGGAAAUGGUGAUGGUACAGUUCCUCUCAUAUCUCUAGGUUACAUGUGUACUCCUUCGGGAGGUUGGACAAAGCACGCUGAUCUUUACAACCCUGGCCAUAAUCCUAUAAUAAUUAAAGAAUAUAUUAAUGAGCAGCCAGAAAGUAAAUUGGACGUUCGAGGUGGUAGUAAAGCAGGAGAUCACAUCGACAUUCUCGGGAAUUGGGAAAUGACGUUGGAUGUACUCAAGGUCGUUUCAAACCAAUCGUUCAAUGUAACAAGCCGCAUUAUCACAAAGAUAGACGAAUACGCUCAAAAGAUCAACAUCCAACAUCAAGUCUAGAAAGUGCUCAAAACUCAAUCUCUCGCCAUAAUCAAGUAUAUAAUUCCAGGUUGGCUAGUAUGGAGCCUUCAUAUCCACAUAUUUUCCAGUAUCGAGCUUGUAGUAUUAUAAUAUAAUUUAUUCGUCUUAUUCAAUAGAAAGUGAUGCUUAUAACGGUAAACCCAGCAAUACUAAUGCAAACAUGUAAAGCGGAAUAAUGAUAUUGUCAUUUUGAGUUGAGAAUGCUUCAAGUAAGCCUGUCAUUGUCACCAUGAUUGUAUAUGAGACCCACUCUUUCUUGCCCCAAAUAAGCUGAGAAGCCCCUUCAACGCCUAAUAUUUUGGCGGUUUGAAUAACCACAUAUGAAGAAAUGAGAACUGCAGUAAUAUAGGCUAUUGUGCCCUCUACCGUCUUUUUAGUUCCAGCCCAAUGCAGCCUUCCAAGCGACUUUCCCACUAGUGAUGCCUGAAAAUUCGCAGCAUCACCAACCCCAAGAGAUAGAAUCCCUGAAACACUAGCUAGAAUAUGUGAACUUUCUAACCAUACAGUGCUGGCACAACCGAUCAAGAGAUAAAUGUGGCUUAAAAUUACUGGACCAAGAUCUCGAUUAUCAAUAAACUCGGUCAGAAACAUAUGAAGGCUUUUUCCAUAUGGCCAGACAGCAAAGUACCGCAAGUACUCGAGGUAAAUAAAAAGUGCAAGGGCCACGGCAAAUGCGAGCUUUAGAAACAAAGGCUGUAUCAACCGUUGUGUGUAAGAUAUUUGUGGAAAUAGUACAGAUAGUGGCUUACUUCAAACAAAACGCCUGGAAUAAACAUUACUACUGCCAGAGCAUGAAACAAUUUGCGUUUCUUAUUGAGUGUAC